AUGAAGCGUGGAUAUUUGCUGGCAUGCUUGCGCCUGCAGCUCUCCUGGGGUUACGACAACGGGGCCCCACACUCGCGCCUGCCGCCCCUGGGUUGGUCCAGCUGGGUUGGCCUAGGCCGGCAGUGGCCAGGCCCUGGGGGCCAAGCACCGGAGUUUGACUUCUGCGAUGAGGUUAGCGUGAAGCUCUCUGUUGACGCGUUUCACGAGGUGGGUCUUUACGACGCCGGCUACCGACACUUUCACUUGGACGAUUGCUGGGCAGACCAUGAGAGGAAUGCAUCAGGCUUCCUGCAGGCAGACCGGCAGCACUUUCCCAACGGCAUGAAACCCAUCGUAGACUACGCGCAUUCCAAGGGCCUGACCUUUGGGCUCUACACUUGUGCUGGGACCUAUACCUGUGUGGGUCGAAGGCCCGGAUCCAAGGGUCACUUCACCCAAGACGCUGCUGUGUUUGCAGAGUGGGGUGUGGAUGUGGUGAAGAUGGACUGGUGCUUCAGUGAUGGUAUGGAGCCGGAGCCCACCUACACAGCUUUCUCCAAGGCCCUCAACGCAACUGGCCAUCCUAUCCACUUCAACAUGUGCGAGUGGGGAAAAGCUGCCCCCUGGACCUGGGGUCCCAAGGUUGCGCAGUCCUGGAGGGCCACUGGGGACCAUGUUCCCCUCUGGCAGGACACCAAGAAGGUGAUCGCGGAAAGAUCGCAGAUUCCUGAGGCUGAUGCAGGACGUCCUUAUGCAUGGAAUGACAUGGACAUGCUGGAGACCGGAAAUUACCGGCAGGCUGCUCACGCCAAUGGCAAGACUGGAAACAUGACCAAAGAAGAGUAUCGAACAGAGGUGAGCAUGUGGGCCAUCCUGGCUUCGCCUCUGAUCAUUACGACUCCGCUGUUGAACUGCUCCAAAACAGAUCAAAUUGCAGCAAACUUCACACCUGGCACCUGCAGACCAUCCAUCACUCCGCUGCAGAGGGAGCUGCUUUUAAACAAGGAGGUGAUCUCCAUCAACCAGGUCGACACUCCGGGGGGUCGACUCUUGAAGGAUUUUGGUGCCUGGAUGGUAUACAUCCGAAAUCUUGCGGAAGGAUCCGUGGCAGUGGCCCUCUACAAUCCAUCCGAUGCAAAGGUCGAUGCUCGUUUGGACUUGUCCUUGCUCGGGUGGACCUCUGGUACGGUGGCCAGAGUCCGGGACCUGUGGGCACAACAGGAGCUGCCUCCAGCGAAGGAUCGCUUCCCGACCACCGGUUCCCUUGACCUUGAGGCGCACGCCACACUUCUGUUCCGGUUCGACAAGCAGACCUCCGAGCUCGUGGUAUGA